GCCCACGGCGGGCUGCCGGGAGACUCAGGCAUGGCGGGCUGCAGGUCCCCAGCCCUGCCUCGCGGGGAGGCAGCUAAGGCCCGGCGAGAAAUAGAGCACAGCGCCAGUGGGCCGGCACUGCUGGGGGACCUGGCGUACACUCCACAGCUGCUGGCCCGGGUGCUAAGCACCUCACUGCCCGGGGCCGCAGGGCCCGCAGGCGUUCCCAGUGCGGGGCCCGCCAAGCCCACGCCCACCCGGAACUCUAGCUGGCCCGCAAGCGCCCUGAGAAGCCGCGGUUCCCGCCCGUGCCUUUCCCUCCACACUUCCCCACAAGCCCAGGGAGCCGGCUGCGGCCUCGGCCAGCCCAGAGAAGGGUUACCACGGUGCAGCGGCGGGCUGAAGGGCUCCUCAAGCGCGGCCAGAAUGGGCGCUGAGGCCAAGGAGGCACCGAGAGCCAGCGAGGUCUGUGAGGGCUGCCAGUAUGCUGUCACCUCUCAAUAGCUGGGAGGUCUUAGUCCCAAAGGGAGGAAUGCUGCCACCAAGAGACACAACAACAAUUCCAUUAAACUGGAAGUUAAGAUUGCCACCUGGACACUUCGUGCUCCUCCUACCUUCAAGUCAACAGGCUAAGAAAGGAGUUACAGUGUUGGCUGUGGUGAUUGACUUGGACUAUCAAGAUGAAAUCAGUCUACUACUGCACAACAGAGGUAAAAUGCGCCAUGCUUCCCUUUCGCCUUCCGCCCUGAUUGUAAAUUUCCUGAGGCUUCCCCAGCCAUGCGGAACUACAAAACCACAGUCAACAUGAAUUCCAAGUGGUAACACUUAGUGUCCUGGGAUGGAGUGCUGAGAGAAAUCCGGAGGAUUCAGAGAAGAUGACCAAAAAGGACUACUUCACAGGGCUCCCAUGUGCUCAGCUUGCAAUUGGAUUCAGCCACCAGAGAUCCCUGGCAAGAGAAUAAAGCCAUAACUACAACUUUGAUUGGACAAGAAACCGAUUUCAUUAACUUUCUCCAGUUAAGAAGACUACUGACAGAAGAUGGCCAAAUGGGAACAGCUCCAGUCUGCAGCUCCCAGCGUGAUUGAUGCAGAAGAGAGGUGAUUUCUGCAUUUCCACCUGAGGUACCUGGUUCAUCACAUUGGUACUGGUUGGACAGUGGGUGAAGCCCAUGGAGGGUGAGCCAAAGCAGGGCGGGGCAUUGCCUCACCCAGGAAGCACAAGGGAUCUGGGGAUUUCCCUUUCCUAGCCAAGGGAAGCCGUGACAGAAUACCUGGAAAAAUGGGACACUCCCACACAAAUACUGUGCUUUUCCCAAGGUCUUAGCAACUGGCAGACAAGGUGAUUCUCUCCCGUGCCUGGCUCAGUGGCUCCCACACCCAUGCAGUCUUGCUCACUGCUAGCCCAGCAGUUUGUGAUCAAUCAGUGAGACUGCAGCCUGGCUGGGGGAGGGGCGUCUGCCAUUGCUGAGGCUUGAAUAGGUAAACAAAGUUGUCAGGAAGCUCGAACUGGGCGGAGCCCACCAUAGCUCAACAAGGCCUACUGCCUCAAGACUCCACCUCUGUGGGCAGGGCAUAGCUGAACAAAAGGCAGCAAACAACUUCUGUAGACUUAAACGUCCCUGACUGACAGCUCUGAAGAGAGCAGUGGUUCUCCCAGCACAGUGUUUGAGCUCUGAGAACGGACAGACUGCCUCCUCAAGUGGGUCCCUGACCUCCGUGUAGCCUAACUGGGAGACACCUCCCAGACAAUUCAUAUAAGUGGCUGUCCCUCUGGGACGAAGCAUCCAGAGGAAGGAUCAGGCAGCAGUAUUCGCUGUUCUGCUAUAUUUACUGUUCUGCAGCCUCUACUGGUGAUACCCAGGCAAACAGGGGCUGUAGUGGAACUCUAGCAAACUCCAACAGACCUGCAGCUGAGGGACUUGACUGUUAGACUGUUAGAAGGAAAACAAACAAGCAGAAAGGAAUAGCAUCAACAUCAGCAAAAAAGGUCAUCUACACCAAAACCCCAUCUGUAGGUCACCAACAUCAAAGACCAAAGGUAGAUAAAACCACAAAGAUGGGGAGAAACCAGAGCAGAAAAGCUGAAAAUUCUAAAAAUCAGAGCGUCUUUUCUCCUCCAAAGGAUUGCAGCUCCUUGCCAGCAACGGAACAAAACUGGACAGAGAAUGACUUUGACGAGUUGACAGAAAUAGGCUUCAGAAGGUUGGUAAUAACAAACUUCUCCGAGCUAAAGGAGGAUGUUCAAACCCAUCACAAGGAAGCCAAAAACCUUGAAAAAAGACUAGAUGAAUGGCUAACUAGAAUAAACAAUGUAAAGAAGACUUAAAUAACCUGAUGGAGCUGAAAACCAUGGCACAAGAACUUCGUGACGCAUGCACAAGCUUCAAUAGCUGAUUCAAUCAAGUGGAAGAAAGGGUAUCAGUGAUUGAAGAUCAAAUUAAUGAAAUAAAGCAAGAAAACAAGAUUAGAGAAAAAAGAGUACAAAGAAACAAAGCCUCCAAAAAAUAUGGGAUUAUGUGAAAAGACUAAAUCUACAUGUGAUUGGGGUACCUGAAAAUGAUGGGGAGAAUGGAACCAAGUUGGAAAAAGCUCUUCAGGAUAUGAUCCAGGAGAACUUCCCCAACAUAGCAAAGCAGGCCAACAUUCAAAUUCAGGAAAUACAGAGAACACCACAAAGAUACUCCUCGAGAAGAGCAGCCCCAAGACACAUAAUUGUCAGAUUCACCAAGGUUGAAAUGAAGGAAAAAGUGUUAAGGGCAGCCACAGAGAAAGAUCGAGUUACCCACAAAGGGAAGCUCAUCAGACUAACAGUGGGUCUCUCAGCAGAAACCCUGCAAGCCAGAAGAGAGUGGGGGCCAGUAUUCAAUGUUCUUAAAGAAAAGAAUUUUCAACCCAGAAUUUCAUAUCCAGCCAAACUAAGUUUCAUAAGUGAAGGAGAAAUAAAAUCCUUUACAGAAAAGCCAAUGCUAAAAGAUUUUGUCAACACCAGGCCUGCCUUACAAGAGCUCCUGAAGGAAACACUAAACAUGGAAAGAAACAACCGGUACCAGCCACUGCAAAACAGGUUAAAUCAUAAAGACUAUUGAUGCUAUGAAGAAACUGCAUCAAUUAGCAGGCAAAAUAACCAGCAAACAUCAUAAUGACAGGAUCAAAUUCACACAUAACAAUAUUAACUGUAAAUGUAAGUGGGCUAAAUGCCCCAAUUAAAAGACACCAACUGGCAAAUUGGAUAAACAGUCAAGACCCAUCAGUGUUCUGUAUUCAGGAGACCCAUCUCACAUGCAAAGACACAAAUAGGCUCAAAAUAAAGGGAUGGAGGAAUAUCUACCAAGCAAAUGGAAAGC